CCUCCUCCUCUCCAGAGCAGCAGCAGAUCAUUUGUGGAUUUGAACCAAACAGAAACUCGGAUUCUUCUCAUGAGGCUUUAAUGAACAUUUGUUGAGCGACAUGUCUCCCGGGACGCUGCAGCCUGCUCCCCGCCUCGGACCGGGACUGAACCGGGUCUGAACCGGGUCGGCAGAUCUCAGCUCCCCGCUGCGGAGCUCCAGGCUCCACACACCGACUCUUCCUCUGAGCUCUGACCGACGCAGGAGGGACGGAUGCGGCGUCGCGGUGAUCUGCGUCCUCGGUGAAAACAAAGACGGGUCAAAGUCCAGAUCUAUGGACUCUGGAUCCUCAGAGCGGCCGAGCAUCUGAUGGAGGACGCUUCUCUCCGAAGGUUGGUUUGAAUCUCUAAACUCCUGUCGACACCGAGUCGUUUCCGAGAGUCGACCUCCAGCCGCCAUGUUUCUUCCAGACGCCAGUCGAACCUCGCAGACACACCGGCGGCUCGCCUCCGCCGCCGCCGUCAUGAUGCUGCUGGCAUCACUUCCUGUGUCGGCUGUGGAGCCAGAGACGUGUUUCUCCAGACAACACCAGAGCGCCAGGGUCAACGUGCGAGUGGCCGUGACCAGAGCCGGCACGGUGAUGGACACUCGGGCGUCCGGCUCCGAGAGGGAGUGUAUCCUCGCCUGCUGCUCGGAGGACGUCAAACCAGGAGCAAAGUGUAACAUGGCCGUGUUCAGUGGGAACAAACACCCCGGAGAAGGAAACUGUUUCCUGUUCCACUGCCAGUCGGAGACGGACUGUCCGUUAACCAGAGCUCCCAACACCACCAGCACCUACGACAUCUUCAAAGGUUUGAUUCACCCGACCACAGUGAAACCUGUGACGACAACCACAACACAAACCACCACCACCCCCAAGACUUUACCUCCGACUAUAACCACCACUACCACACAAAGUACAACAACAACUACACAACCCACCACAACAACAACCACAUCCUCACCGCCAACAACCACACAGGCACCAGCCACCACGACAGCUCCUCCACCUGUCAUCAUCAUCGCCACCAUGGCUGUGGUAACUCCAGCCCCCACCAGCAUCACAACAACUAGACCAACGACGACAACUACAGCGACCUCAUCGACGACAACUGCACCAGCAACAACGACAACUACACCAGCAACAACAACUAGACCAACGACGAUAACUACACUAACCACAACGACGACAAGUACAACAACUACACCAACAACGACGGCUACUACACCAACGACGACAACUACAACAACAACAACGAUGACAACUACAACAACAACUAAACCAACAACAACAGUUUCCAACAUCACCAUGAAAAAAACAAACAAAACAAGUAGAAAACAAAAUAAAACAACAAAGAAAGUAAAAGCUCAUCCUGUGACGACGACUCCGAGCUCCACGACAUCACUUCCUGCUGCAGCUCACCAACCAGAGCCGACCACUGAAAUGACCACCCCCCCUCCCACUAUGACCACCACCACCACCCCUCCUCCCACUAUGACCACCACCACCACCCCUCCUUCCACUAUGACAUCCACCACCACUACCACCCCCCCUCCCUGGACCACGGAGCCGUCCCCCAUGAGGACGUCUCCGGCUGAGAGCCUCAUUAUCGUCCCUAAAGACGCCGUCCAGAGCUCGAGUGCCGGACGGGGGAACGCGCUAGUGUCUCGGGGGGCAGUGAAGAGCGGCGUGGUGGCGUUCAUGGUGCUGGGGCUCGCCGUGCUCACGCUGGCUCUGGCUGUCGGUGGACGUAAGGCGAUGGAGUCCUUCGACAGACGCCAUUACACGAGACUGGAGCUCAACGACCUGCACUACGAGGUGUGAGGAGGACGGACAGGACGGAAGCUCAGAGGACAAGUCACGUGACGAGAUCAUGUGACGCAGCUCAGAGCGUUAAACUGAGAGCAGGUGGAAUGUGAUUGGUCCGAGAGGUUCGACGUCACGACUCAGUCGAGUCUUCACUUUAUUUACACUCUGUAACUUUAUUUAUUUCUCUAGAAUAACAACAAACACGAACGAUGCACUGAUUAAAUUAUUGUGUAGAAACAAACAUGUGAAAAAUCCAUCACAGGAAAUUUUGAUUUAUAAGAUUCAAAAUCUCAUAUUUUAUUUAUUUUGUUUAAUUUGGAAGACGUUUGAAAUGAAGGUUCAUUUAAAAUCAGACAGGAAAAUAAUAUAUUGUAAUUUUAAAUCAUAUAAAAAAAUUGUAUUUUACCACUGUCACGGAAAUUAAACACACAACUCGCACAUGAUAGAAAAAUCCAUUAUUAAUAUUUAUGAUUGUUAUAUCGUCACAUUGUCUGCUCUUAGUUUUAUUAGCGAUUCUCUUCAUGUUCAAUCUUGUGUCUGAAACAAAGAUCGGAUUCAAUAUUUGUUUUAUUUAGUUCUGACUCAAAACUUUGAGCAAAAUCUUCAGAUUCUUUGAAUUUAAAUUUUGUAUAAGAAAGGUAAGAAUGUUUUUCUUGUUGUGUCCAUAGCACUGAAUUGUUAUCAUUGUAUUUCAGAACCGGAUGAGAUUGUUUACUUUAUAUAAAAUCAGAUUUUGAGUUUCUUCUCUAAUGUCAAUCUCUAAAUUUUGAAUCAAACCUCAUCAGCAGUUUUCAUAUUUUCCAAAACAUCAUAUUUUACUUUCCAGCAUCACACAGAUCUUAACAAUCAGAUAUUUGUAUCUGUUAUUUGGUAAAACUUCUAAAGAAAAUUCUCAGAAUCCAUCAAAUUUAUCUUUAGAGUUGAGACAUUUUCUCAGAAUUCUUGUAUUCGCCAAAUUAAAAAGAAUCAUUUUAUUUAUUCCACAGAUAAACAACUUUCCUCUUUGAUUGACCUUAAAUUCAGAACUGAAGCUUUUCUCAUGAUUCAUUGUUUUUAAUAACUGACUUUUAUUCCCAGAGAUUAGAACUUUUUAAAAUCAUAACUAUCUCAAUGACCUCAGAGGGAAGCUUCAGAAGAAACGAGGAACCACAGCAAUAUUUCAUUGGCAGAAACUCAGGAAGCGUCUGAAGUGGAACUGAUGCACAGCGGGUCGGACACAGACUCUGGGCCGUCGUUAGUCGAGGCCUUUUCACCGUGGGGUCGAGUCCCUCGUGUGUAAAGUUCUCGUGCAUGUCUUUUUACUCCCACACGAGCUAUGAUAGUUUCACUGUGCGGUUUUUAUAUUUCUUCACAUUUUUCUCGUUUCACACAUGAAGUUUGAUGUGAGCAGCGAUGCACUGAUCGUGACCUGCGGGUUGAACGUGAUCCUUUUUCAAUAUUACAUUGUUUUCAUCGUGCACUAUUUUCAUAUGCUGGUGGAGCUGGGGCGACCAGCAGGGGGCAGCAGCAGACACUGAAAAGUCUGUACAUUGAUUCAUUUAUGAUUCUUUUUAUUAUUAUUAUAAUAUUCUGUCUUGUUUUGUAAAGUGAAGCUUUAGUUAAAAAUUUGAUGUUUUGUUCCUGUAAAGAUUAAAAAAUGUGAUUUUUAAACGUUUGUGUGUUUGUGGUUUUUAGAAUAAAUGAAUUAAAGUCUA